CAAUACAUUAAAUACAGUUGGUUGUAGCCUAUUUUUUUUAGUUUAUUUGAUUGUUUAAGGUGUAUUUCUGUAUACUUUUAUUUUUGGACUAAUAAUAAAGUCAACUAAUCGUAUGUGAGAGAGUCAGUGGUAAUAUCGAUGUGUUCCUAUUGGUCAGUGUUAGAGGAGCUCAGCUUAGCCGGACAGUUAGCCUGUUCCGGACCAGGUUAGUUUGCCAGCAUAAGUUGCCACAGUGACUGAGCUUGAGCUAUGGUAAUUUUGCUUUCAGAAACCAAAUCAAGUGAAAAUAAGUCAGAAUUACUGAAAUAAGCCUGGUUUAUUUGGUAAACUAGUUUUAUGGAACAGUCCCCAGAAUACUUAUUUGUAUGUCUAGCUUGUUAGCAACACUAUUUUUGUUUGUAGGCUAAUGAAUGUUUUGGUCAUGUAAAUUCGAAUGGCAUAAAUAUAAGGUAGUGUCUUUGAAACUGUCAACUGAACUCUGCACUCGUAAAUUUAUUAUAAACUUUAAUGUACAAUAAUCAUGAUUUUUAUUUUCCGACAUAAAAGGUCAAAUGUAAACGCUUUUGUCGCCAGGACAAUAGAGGGCGCCAGAACAAACAGUCAAACCGGAAGACAGACGUUCAUGACGUGCACGUGCACAGCCUCUGUGACGUGCACGUGCACGAACCGUGUUUUUAAUACUACAGCAGAGAUGUUCUGGAAUAAGAGCAGUCCUUUCAGGUGUUUUUUAAAAAGUCAUCAGCUAUUUGUUUUAUAACUCCGGUUUAGCGUUUUAUUUUCUUCAGCACGCCAUCGUCUUACGUCUUUACUCGUUUAAAUGAGUUAAACCCCGGAGGAAAUACGUAACUUAAAGUGCCCUGUGUGUGUCAUCAUGCCGGUCCAGUGCAGUAACUGCGUCCAGAGACGUGCCGUGCUCAAACGGCCCAAGACCGGACACUCUCUCUGUAAGGACUGCUUUUUCUGGGCGUUCGAGGAGGAGAUCCAUCAAACCAUCGUGUCCGCCGGACUCUUUAACCACGGAGAAACCGUGGCCAUCGGUGCCUCGGGCGGAAAGGACUCUACCGUCCUGGCCCAUGUGAUGAAGGUCCUGAACGAGCGCUACGACUACGGCCUGAACCUUCUUCUGCUGUCGGUGGAUGAGGGCAUCACGGGUUACAGAGAUGAUUCUCUGGAGACAGUGAAGAGGAACCAGCAGCAGUAUGAGCUGCCGCUGAAGAUCGUGUCUUAUGAAGAGCUGUAUGGCUGGACCAUGGAUGCCAUCGUGAAGCAGGUGGGAUUGAAGAAUAACUGCACUUUCUGCGGUGUGUUUCGCAGGCAGGCGCUGGAUCGAGGAGCCAUGAUGCUGAAAGUGGACAAGAUAUGCACAGGUCACAAUGCAGACGACGUGGCAGAGACGGUGCUGAUGAAUGUCCUGCGUGGAGAUAUCGCUCGUCUCCGCCGCUGCACCGCCAUCAGCACAGCCAGUGACGGAGAGGGCGCCAUCCCGCGCUGCAAGCCCCUCAAAUACGCCUACGAGAAGGAAAUCGUCCUCUACGCCUAUUUUAAGAAGCUCGAUUACUUCUCCACAGAGUGCAUCUACUCGCCCAAUGCCUACCGAGGACACGCUCGCGCCUUCCUCAAAGACCUGGAGUCCAUCAGGCCCAGCUCCAUCAUAGACGUCAUCCACUCCGGCGAGACACUCUCUAUAAAGGAAGGGGUGAAGAUGCCGGUGCAGGGAACGUGCUCGCGCUGCGGCUACAUCUCCAGUCAGGCCCUGUGUAAGUCCUGUGUUCUGCUGGAGGGCCUGAAUCGAGGUUUACCCAAACUGGGCAUCGGGAAACAUCACCGUCUGCACGGCAAAAUUCUGGCUCAGGAGCCUUUGACCGAACAGGAGGAGAAGAAACUGAAGCCUGUGGACUUCUGACACAAAAUCGAGACUAGAUUUUAAAAUCUGGACAUUCCAGUUACAUGUGCCCUGUGUUUUUAAGAUGCUCUGGGGUGAAUGUUCAUAAUGUGAGAUGAUUUUGUUUGUUUUAUUCAAAGUUCAGCCAUUUUUUUUUUUUUUUUUUUUAACCACAGGGAACUGAAUGUCACAUCUUGUGUUAAUGCGUUUGCUGAAACGGCAACUUAGAAAACUGCCAUUUAAAACCACAAAUUUUUUUUUAAAGAUGGACAUAAACUUUUCUAAGUUAUGCCACCUUCACGUCAGAAAUGUUUCAAAUGCUUUAAAAUUUAUUUAAACAAUAUUCUUGACAAAGUUAUUCCUUUUUGUUUUCCUGUUUUAGGAUCGUUGCUGUAUUACUGUAGCAAAGACUCAUUUUAUUGAAAAAAUGCAUUUUACUGUCAUUAUUAUUGUAUUCCUUUUCCUUAAUGAAUUUUUUCAAAGGGAAAUUAUUUCUUUAUGAAAAUGCAGUAAGUAAAUAAAUAAAAACUUAAUAGUUCUAAAACA